CCCGGAAGUGAAAGGGACAGCCAUGGCAACAUGGCGGCGUCUCUCGGGCAGGUGCUGGCGCUGGUGCUGGUGGCCGCUCUGUGGGGGGGCACACAGCCGCUGCUGAAGCGGGCCUCCUCCUCCCGCCUGCAGCAAGUUCGGGAGCCCACGUGGGUCCGGCAGUUGCUGCAGGAGAUGAAGACCCUCUUCUCCAAUACUGAGUACCUGCUACCCUUUCUCCUCAACCAGUGUGGCUCCCUUCUCUACUACCUCACUUUGGCAUCAGCAGAUCUGACCCUGGCUGUGCCCAUCAGUAAUUCUCUGGCCAUCGUCUUCACACUGAUUGUGGGCAAGAUCCUUGGAGAAGACAUUGGUGGAAAAGGUGCACUUGCAGGCAUGGUGCUCACAGUGACGGGAAUUACAAUUUGCGUCUCAAGCUCAGCAAGCAAGACCCAGGAGCAGCCAUCUGCCAUCUAAGUGGACUGAUGUUCUCUCUAGCUCUGUGGUCUCAGGAGCCCUUAGCCCUCAGGUGCCACUAGAGAGCAAAUGAUUGGGCAAUUUAUCCCUUGAAGCCUCAAUUUCUACACCCCUAGUUGGGGUACUAGCCAUCUCAAUGAUUGCAGUGAGAGCAAGUAUGAAAGAGUGUUGUAUCUUUCAAGUGCUGUUUGACUACUAGUAUUUAGCUCAAGACUU